AUGAAACACCCUCCAUGUUUCAAUUGGGUUGCGGAAUUCUUUAAAACAUGUUCUAUACUUGCUGCAUCUUCCAUUCUCUCUCCUCUUGCUAGUCGCACACGAACACCGACAAAAAAAGACUAUAAUCUUAAAACGAAAAAAAUGCUGGAGUUCCCCAUAACAGUUCUCCUAGGCUGCCUAGUGGCCGUUAAGGCCCAAACCACUUUCCCCAACUUUGCCGCAGACGUUCUGAAUGAGCAUAAUAAGUUUAGAGCGCUGCACGUUGACACCGUGCCGCUCACGUGGUCAGACACGCUGGCCACGUAUGCGCAGGCGUACGCGGACGAGUACGAUUGCUCGGGCACGCUGACACAUUCCGACGGUCCGUACGGUGAGAACCUGGCGUUGGGCUAUACCGACACGGGCGCCGUGGACGCUUGGUACGGAGAGAUUAGUAAGUACAACUACUCGAAUCCCGGGUUUUCCGAAUCCACGGGCCACUUCACCCAGGUCGUCUGGAAGUCUACCACCCAGGUCGGGUGCGGCUACAAGUACUGUGGUACCACGUGGAACAACUACGUGAUAUGUUCUUAUAACCCUCCUGGAAACUACCUGGGCGAGUUUGCUGAGGAAGUGGAGCCGCUGAUAAGCACGGUGUCCUCUUCGUCCUCGUCCUCUUCGUCCACUUCGUCCACUUCGUCCACUUCUUCUACCACCACCGCGGUGUCGUCCAGUAUGGCUGCCCCAAAAGCACAGGGCUCCUCGACUUCGACGUCCUCUGCGGCGGCUAGUUCUUCUGAGGUUACCACCAUAAAUCCUGCCAAGCCUGCCACCUCUGCAGCAUCAUCCUCAUCUAUCGUUUCUUCCACCACCACAAAAGCGUCCUCAUCUGUCGUUUCUUCUACCAGCGCAAAAGCGACCAGCUCGUCGGCAUCCUUGACAACUUCAAGUGUCUUGACCGCCUCUUCCAGCGCCUCUUCCUCUUCCGUCGCCUCUUCCUCUUCUGCUGUCUCUUCCGUGGCAUCUUCUUCCAGUGCCCCAGUCUCUUCCAGCGCCCCAGUCUCUUCCAGCGCCCCAGUCUCUUCCAGCGCCCCAGUCUCUUCCAGCGCCCCAGUCUCUUCCAGCGCCCUAGCUUCCUCCAGCGCUCCAGCCUCUGCUAGCAGCAUCAGUUCUUCAGCUAGAUUUUCCAACACUACCAGAUCGUCUGCUGAGGCCGCCACUUCUGCGCCCGUGGAUAUCACUAGCGCCAUUGAUGCUAACCUUAUAAGCACUUCUACACGCACCGCAUCAUUGGCUUCCAACUCUGCAAGCAUUGCAAUCAGUGCAAUAGACGCUGUUGAACGCGUCACCAGAUCUGGAUCAUCCUCCGAUGUCUCCUCUGAGGUCACCUCCUCUGCCUCUGCCUCUGUCUCUGCCUCUGCCUCUGCCUCAAGUUCGGCACACACUUCCGCCACCACCACCACCACUGAUUCUACUUCUGUAAGUUCGAAUUUGGCUUCCAACUCCGCAAGCUCAGUUGCUAGUGUUACAGACGCUGCUAAAUAUGCCAGUGAAACUGAAUCUUCCACUGUAGCAAACAAUUCCACCAGUACCACUGACGCAACUCCUGGUAACCCUUCAAGAAGCGUCACCAGCGUCACCGAUGCUGCGAAGUAUGCUAGUAGAUCUGGAUCUUCCACCAUCUCGGUUCCUGCCUCUUCCUCUGCUUCAAGUUCUACAYAGACUUUCUUGAACACGACAAGUAUCACCGAUGCUGUCUCCAAAGAUACUUCCAAGACCACUACGACUUUGGCUUCCACCACUGACAGAUCUAAUCGCAACUCUGUCACCAACUCUGCCAGCAUAGACGCCAGUGCAACGGACUCUGCCGAAUACAUCGGAAAAUCCACGGCUUCAUCUGAGACCACCACUGUAAGUUCGAUGUCCGCACCUUCAGAUAUCUCAAGUGCCACCGGUGUGGCUUCUUCAAAAAGCCCAACCGAUGCUGCAAGAUCAAAGAACACUUCUAAGAGUGCUCCUUCAAGUAAACUAAACUCUAAUUUCAACAUCUCCACCGCUACCGCUACAGAAAAUAGACUGGUCACUAACACCAUUACCGCUUCCUGUAGUAAUUUGGACGACACCACAACUAUAAAGCCUAAUACACAGACUACAGAAGUAACCACUUCUCGUUCCGAGGCAAGCCAAACUGCUUCAUCUUGCUCUACUACCACCACCACUAAGCCAGAAAACGACGAAACUAAUCCUUCUACCAUCUACACCAACUCCAAUGCGGCAACCACCAUUAUCCCCGGAAAAACAUCUAAAGCUAGCGUUGUCACCACAUCCGAAAAGCCAAACGAAACAACCACCACCAAAUCCAAUUCGUACGACAACGGCACCUCCGCCACCGAUGCCGGCCAACAAACGGCCACAUCGUAUGCCAAGACCUCCAGCGCCGGCACAGGAAUAACCAGUGGCAACAACAUUCGUUCAACCACAACCCAACCAAAGAACUCCGCCACGCGCCACCCAACUUCGUCGAUCUACACCCAACUAAAAGACGGCACAUCCACCACCGCGAAAUUAUCUUCAUACGAAGGUGCUGCAGCACUGGGAUCAAGCAACCUGCCAGGAACGAUUACCGCUUUCGUCAUAGCCAUCUUGUUCGCCUUCUAG